AUGCAUAACGAACGGCGCUUGAUGCUCCCUCGUCGUACUUGGAUGCUUGCAAGGACAUGGCCUUGGAUUUUCUUCCUGACUUCGUGUCAGUCUCAAGUACCAGUGCUACAGGAGAUGAACAAUCUGUGGGUAAGGAACGGUCAACUCUUGAAGGCUCGUCCUGGUCUCCCCCCCAUCCCAGCAGACAGCAACUUGUGGGAUCAAAGGACUUCCUUGUAUGACAUCUACGGGAAUUACCGCCUUGCUCCCAACUACACGGCAGAUAUCAGCUCGAAUGCCCCACAGGUCAUCAGCAAGUCUCAAUUCACUCCUCCCACCAACAACAUCAACGGCAAUGUUGAGGCUUCGUUCUGGUUCGGCCAAUCGCUGUCGGAUGGGAACUAUGCAUGGUCCGUUCCCGGCAAACCGUGGAUUCGGCAAUCCCUUCCUUACACGUGCAGUGACAACCCUUUCCAGGAAUGCUCCGGGACACAGUGCGCUUCGUCUACCUGCCCCAGAGGAAGGCAGGUUGGCUCCCCGACGUUCCUGCCGAAUGGUGGGAACUUCGAAGGAAACGUGCUUGUUCGGAUCGAGGUAGAGGGCACCAGGAUGAUGUCGAGCAAGCUCGCCUCGGCCGGAGUUAUCCCGAUCACUGGGUUUCAGAACGGGCUCUGCAAGAGGGCCUGCGAGGGCAAGUUGACGUAUCCGACCUGUAACAACCAGUUGUCGCCGUUCUCGGGAGUCUACGGGACGCAGCUCAUCGCAGGGUACUACCGGCCGUCCAGUCUGCAGAAUCCCUGCAAGUCAGACCAUCAUCACCUUGUCAAGUCGGGGUAUGAGUGCAGAUGCAACGUGGACCGGCUGUACUGCAACUCAGACGCCUACUGUCAAAUCGAGACAUCACAGUGCACAGACUACACGGGGAGGAAGUGCAGCAGCAAUGAGCAGUUCAACCUUGACAACCAGACAUGCGGCCCGCUGGAGUACGGCGGCUACUGCGCCUUCGGGACCUGGGCAGAGGGCCAAGACUGUAUCGACGACCUGACGCCCGUGUGGCCGGACUCUGACUUCCAGACAGUGACUGCAGCUUCACCGCAGCGAGUCAGCUCGGACUGUCGCAAUGUGGUAUGCUCUGACAACACUCAGUGCAUUCACGUGUACUACACGCUGGACGGGUCGACGCCCACGAGGAACUCGAGGCUGUACCAUGGGCCCUUCAUCCUCGACCUCAACCUGCCCAUCACGAGCAACGUGGUGGCAGAUCUUCCCUUUGCCUUCGUGACCAUCAAGGCGAUUGCAGUGCAGGAGGGCAACCUUGACAGCCCCAUCGCUAUCUCCAAGACCUUCUACAUCAAACGGACGGUGGUAUCAACUGGGAUAGGACGGGCCUGGUCGUGGGGAUACAACACAAGGGGGCAGCUGGGGUUGGGAGACGGGCUGUAUGGAGGAGACCCGAGGUUCCCCAACGACAUUCCAGGAGCUCCAGGGCUGCUGAUGCCCUCCUUCUGCUUCGAUACAGCGACACAGCAGCUGAUCCCGAACCUCAACUGCGACCCGAGCUUGUGGGUGUACACCUCCCCUCAGCCCAACAUGUUCAACGCUGACCUGCUGAAUCCUGCCAACCCGAUGAUCACCUACUUCGCUGCUGGGGCAUACCACAACGUUAUCGUCACCGCCAUGGGUAAGAUUAUGGCAUGGGGUUGGAACGGGUAUGGUCAGCUGGGCACAUACAUUAACCAGCCUACCUACGGCCUUCCUACGCAUCCAUCUGACAGCACGCAAAGGAAUCUACCCACGGCUGUCCACUUCAAUGACGCCAACCUUGCCUCGAAGAUGUUCGUGUACGCCAGUGCUGGCACAUUCCACAGGUCCUUGCCCUCCCAUUGCGACCUCUCCCCUCUGACUUUCACCCACGUCAGCGCCGCCAUGGACACGGACGGCAACGUCUACACGUGGGGGAACAACUACGAGGGGCAGCUCUGCUCCGGCGACCUCAAGAAUGUCGACUUUCCCAACCCGAUCAACGUGAAGCCUACUGAUGACAACGGGAACGCGAUCCCGGGGGCACGAUGGGUGCAGAUUGAGCUGGGAAGUGAGCAUACGAUCCUGCUGGCCAACACCGGGGAGGUGUAUGCGUGUGGAUCCAACAGGAUGUACCAGCUGGGUCGUCCUCGUUUCCAUCCUGACAUCAUCGUUGGGACUCAGUCAAGUUGUCCGACGGACAAGACCCCAGAGGGCUGUCCUACCCAGUUCAACAUCCGAUGGAUGCGUCCUAUCCGCGUGCUGGGAGGCUGGAGCUGCGUCGAUCUCGUCUGCAACGGGCCUCCGCUCCAGAGGGUGGUGAAGAUCUCAGCAGGGUCCUACCACUCGGUAGCUCUUACAGCUGAUGGAAAGAUCUUUGCGUGGGGGGACAACCGUAUGAACCAGCUGGGGUUGGGGCCGCUGGUGGAAAAGGCGAACCCUUGCUGUGCCGUCCAAGUUCCCUUUUACAUCGACAACGCCAGGGCGAAUCUGCAGCCGCAGCCUAACCCUCCUUCGUUCCCCUGGCAGGGUUACAAGGCCCUCGAUGUAGCAGCUGGAAGUCACUUCAACAUUGCGAUCAUCGUCAACGUCACGGGUGAAGGCUGUACCGGGGAUGGAGUGAGGAGCGGGUAUCAAUGCUUCUCCCAAGACCCUGUGAACGGGCUGGUCCUGCAAGACUGGGACAUCCCCAGGGACAUCGACAUCGUUGGCGACCAUCUUCGCACGAACCAGUUCAAUUUCUCGCUGGCCAUAAGCUGCGACUGCCAGGGAUCCUUCCACCUCCCCGGAGGCCUCGCCAACUGCGACCAAGGGCUCUACGUGGAGGUCCAGGAGCUUAGCAAUGGCUACUGCUACUACCCCAGGAGCAACUCGUCGUCACCCUGUCGCUACAAGCAGACAGGAACCUGUCCCGACGGGAGCCCCUGCGCCGGUCCAAUGGACUGCGGCAUGCAGCCCUGCUACCGGGUGAUCCACACAUGCUCGAGCUCCUGCCCCUGUGCAGACCGCUCGUGCCCCGCGCGUGUCGGAGAUCAGAUGCCGAAGCCAGGAGAGACAGUGACGCUCCUAGACAGCUGGUUCCGACGGGCAGUCAAGAAGCAGGAGACGUGCGGGUGCACGCCAGGGUACGCUACCGAGAGCUGUACUAACUGGCUGACCCUCGGCGUCAAGGGGGCGCUGCCUGACUGCUGCCUCAACACCAAGGCAGGAGCUCCCGUGCCCCCGGUGAAGAUGAACAAGCAGCAGUGGGACAACUUUAACCUCAACGCCGGCCUCCCCCAGGGAGUCUACGGGACCUGCCCACCUGGCACUGAGUGCAUCAACGCUGACCCCAGGGGCUGUGCGGCAGACAACUGUCGGUUUGCAGACGAGGCGACGCUGGGUGAACCCGACGACGGUCAUCCGCUGUACACGCUGGGGAACCGGCAGACAUGCAUGUGCUACAAGCCUGGGGUGUGCAUAGGAGGAGCCCAGCCGAUGAAGUCCUGCACGUUGCAGACGGGAAAUGUUGACUGUAUCGGGAACCCUCCCGGGUACUGCUCGUCAGGAGGAGGAAUGUACUGGCCAGAUGGAGCGAGCUCGCCUGUCUUCUGGGGGGACUGCACCUGUAGAAACGCUACCAAAUCAGAGUGGGAGCAGAGGUACCGAGGUCCCGGGAGUUUCCGCAGCUGCUCGCAAGUGCAGAACGCCUCUACCAACUGCCAGGAGGGUGUCUCCCUGUCAUUGACCUUCUGGAACAGCAACGUCUGCCCCUACCACAACAAGAAGCAGUGGUCCGGCGCAGACUGCCGGCUCGUCAAGAUCCCCCUCCCCAAGUUCGUCUUUGGCUGGGGAGACACCCGAGCUGGGCAGCUCGGCAAGUCGCUCAUCAGCUCCCCUCCCCUCGCCCCGCCCAACGAUCAGCCGCCCAACUUUCCUCGUCCUGUUGAGAUCCCCAGCCUCUCUCGGCUCGACCUCCUCAGUAUCUCAGCUGGAGACUACCAUGCUGGAGCACUGGUGGAUGCGAGGAUCUACGACUCGCGCGUGUGCAACCUGACGUAUGCGGACCCCAACAGCUGGGCUGUUCCUCCCGAGCUGGGGGGUAUGGGAAGGGACAUGCUGGGCAUUCCCUUCCGAUGCGACGGGCGGCUGGUGUACACAUGGGGCAGCAACACAGAGGGGGAGCUGGGGUUGGGGUACAUCACGCCAAGUCAAGCCAUCGACUGCAUCUCAGCAGGAAACGUUCACAUCCCUUGCGAGAACAUGGGAGGGUCGCUGACAGCACAGCUGGUGACGAGCCUGGUGGGUAAGAACGUUUCUCAGCUCAGCCUGGGGUUCAAGCACUCCGCUGCGCUGCUGGGUAGCUGUCCCGCGAGCUCGAAGGAUCGCUGCGAGAUCUGCUUUGGGAUCAAUCGGGAGUGUGUCGGCUGCUCGGGCAUCACCAACGACCCAACGGUCGAUGAUUGGUGCGGGGUCUGUGCCGGUGACAACUCCUCCUGCACCGGCUGCCUGGCAAGCUUCGAUUGCCAACAGAGCUCGCCAUGUCGCGACAAGCAGGGAGCAAACGUCUCCUGCGUGUCCUCGGAGGGCUACCACCCGUGUCACCAGGGGCGCAAGAAGGGGGUCCCCUGCUGCCUCGACCUCACGGGCAAGCCAGCGACGCCCUUCAACGCGAACCCACAGGAUCAGAAGAAUGGCAGCAGCUUCGGCGUGGACUCCUGGCGGGAUCGAACCCGGGCCAGCUCAAACUUCUGCGGGCUGCUCUACGAUGAAUGCGACGUGUGCGAUGGAGACCAUACAAGAUGUCUGGACUGCAUGGGGGUCAACCAGGGGAAGAUCGAUGAUGACUACUGCCAUGUCUGUGGGGGUCUGGCGACGAGCUGCGUCGGAUGUGAUGGGCGUCCUGAGCCCAACGAGAAGCUGCGGACCAAGUAUGACGCUUGUGAAAUGUGCAACGGAACCAACUCCACCUGCUCCCUCGUUCUCCUUGUCUUCAACGGCACUGAUCGCCUCUUCCCCUCCUCCUACCUCCUUGCUCUACUUCUCGGGAGCAUCCUGUGGAUCCUGGCAGAUGAAGGGAGGUGA